AACAGAAACCAAAGUCAGACAAGAUAUAAGAAGUGCUUGGUUGCAAGCUGGACUCAAAAGCUCUGCUCAGCUGUCGCUCCGGUCUGCCAGCACUGCAUCUGAUCCUGCCGGACCCAGCCACUUGCUUAACUGCCCACCGGACCCUCUCAGAUCUGAGGAUUUGAAGGUCACUGGAUCUUUGGUGUCUUGCUGCUGUCCCCAGGCGCUGCAAAGCAGCCGACAGAGUGGCACAGCCUACACCAAUUGAACUGGAAGAAUUGUCCCACUUCUCUGAAGGAAAAUGUCCACAGCUAGUUCCCCAGACCAGAGUUUCCGCUAUCUCAUUUCUUGCUUCAAGGCCAGAUUGAAGAUGUACAUCCAUGUGGAGCCUGUACUGGACUACCUGACCUUUUUACCUGCAGGCACCAAGGAGCAUAUUCAAAGGACUGUGGCCAGAAUUGGGAACAUGCAAGGAGUGGACUUACUUCUGAGAAUAUUGGAGGUAGGGGAUUGGCCUCCUGGCUGGACUAGAGAAUUUGUGGAGGCCCUCCAGAGAUCAGGCAACCCUUUAGCAGCCCGCUAUGUGAAUCCUGACCUCACAGACUUGCCCUCGCCAUCCUUUGAAAAUGCUCAUGAUGAGUGCCUCCAAUUGCUGAAUCUCCUCCAGCCUACUCUGGUAGACAAACUUCUUCUAAGAGAUGUCUUGGAUAAAUGUAUGGAGAAUGGAAUGCUGACAAAUGAAGACAGAAAUCGGAUUGCUGCUGCAGAAAAUAAUGGAAAUGAAUCAGGUGUGAGAGAGCUACUGAAGAGGAUUGUGCAGAAGGAAAAUUGGUUUUCUUCGUUUCUUACUGUUCUGAAUCAAACAGGAAACGUAGUACUUGCCCAGGAGUUAACAGGCACCAAUUGCUCUGAAAACAAUGCAGAGACUGAGAAUUUAUUACAAGAAAAUGAACCUGAAGUGAAAGAACCAUCCCUGAUAGCCACAAAUGACGAAAGUCCAGUGAAAGAGAUCUGGAAUGUGGAAAAUAGUUCACUGGAAUCAUCUUUCGCAGACUCUUCUGUGGUGUCAGAAUCAGACACAAGUUUGGCAGAAGGAAGUGUCAGCUGCUUAGAUGAAAGUCUUGGACAUAACAGCAACAUGGGCAGUGAUUCAGGCACCAUGGGAAGUGAAUCAGAUGAAGAGGAUGUGGCAAAAAGAGCAUCCCCUGAGCCAGAAAUGCAACUUAGGCCUUACCAAAUGGAAGCUGCCCAACCAGCCUUGGAGGGGAAGAAUAUCAUUAUAUGCCUCCCAACAGGAAGUGGGAAAACCAGAGUAGCUGUUUACAUUGCUAAAGAUCACCUGGACAAAAAGAAAAAAAUGUCUGAUCCUGGGAAAGUUAUUGUCCUUGUCAAUAAGGUACCAUUAGUUGAACAGCUGUACCGCAAAGAAUUCAACCCAUUUUUGAAGAAAUCAUAUGCUAUUGAGAGAUUAAGCGGUGAUACUCAAUUGAAAAUAUCGUUUCUAAAUGUUGUAAAGUCCUGUGACAUUAUCAUUAGUACAGCUCAAAUCCUUGAAAAUUCCCUUUUAAAUUCAGAAAAAGGAGAGGAUGAAGGUGUACAGUUGUCAGACUUUUCUCUCAUAAUCAUUGAUGAAUGCCAUCAUACCAACAAAGAAGCCGUCUAUAACAACAUCAUGAGGCGUUACUUGACACAGAAAUUGAAAAACCAUAGACUCAAGAAGGAAAACAAACCUGUGAUUCCUUUGCCUCAAAUUGUGGGACUAACAGCCUCCCCUGGUGUUGGAGGAGCUAAAAAGGAAGCCAAAGCUGAAGAACAUAUUUUAAAAAUAUGUGCCAAUCUUGAUGCAUCUACCAUUAAAACAGUGAAAGAAAAUAUUGUUCAACUCAAAGACCAAAUAAAGGAACCAUGCAAGAAGCUUGUAAUUGCAGAUGACACCAAACAAGAUCCAUUCAAAGACACACUUAUAGAAAUAAUGACAAGGAUUCAGUCUUUUUGCCAGAGGAUUUCAAUGUCAGAUUUUGGAACUCAACCCUAUGAACAAUGGACCAUCCAAAUGGAAAAAAAAGCUGCAAGAGAAGGAGAUCGCAAAGAACGUGUUUGUGCAGAACAUUUGAGGAAAUACAAUGAGGCUUUACAAAUUAAUGACACAAUCCGAAUGAUUGAUGCAUAUAAUCAUCUUGAAGCUUUCUAUAAUGAUGAAAAGAAAAAAAAGUUUGCAGUCCUAGAAGAAGAUAGCAGUGAGAGUGAUGGUGAUGAUGGUGGUGACGAAGAUGAGAACUGUCAAAAGAAACCUUUGAAACUGGAUAAGACAGACAGUUUCCUCAUUGAUUUAUUUUUUGAUAAUCAAGAAAUGUUGAAAAAAAUAGCUGUGAAUCCAGAACAUGAAAAUGAAAAGCUGAUAAAGUUAAGAAACACUAUACUGGAACAAUAUACUAGGACUGAAGAAUCAGCAAGAGGCAUAAUUUUCACAAAAACACGACAGAGUGCUUAUGCACUUUCCCAGUGGAUUACUGAAAAUGAAAAGUUUGCAGAAGUAGGAGUCAAAGCUCACCAUCUUAUUGGAGCUGGACACAGCAGUGAGUUUAAGCCUAUGACACAGAAUGAACAAAAAGAAAUCAUUAGCAAAUUUCGCACAGGAAAAAUAAAUCUGCUGAUCGCUACCACAGUAGCAGAAGAAGGACUGGAUAUCAAAGAAUGUAAUGUCGUUAUCCGUUAUGGUCUUGUUACUAAUGAAAUAGCCAUGGUUCAGGCCCGUGGUCGAGCCAGAGCUGAUGAGAGUACCUACGUCGUGGUUGGUGAUAGUGGUUCAGGAGUCUUUGAACGGGAAGCAGUUAAUGAUUACCGAGAGAAAAUGAUGUAUAAAGCAAUAGACAGUGUUCAAAAUAUGAAACCAGAGGAGUAUACUCACAAGAUUUUGGAAUUACAGAUGCAAAGUGUAAUGGAGAAAAAAAUGAAAACCAAGAAAAAUAUUGCAAAACAAUGCAAAGAUAACCCAUCAUCAAUAAGUUUUCUAUGCAAAAACUGCAAUGUUUUCGCCUGCUCUGGAGAAUAUAUCCAUGUAAUUGAGAAGAUGCACCAUGUCAAUAUGACAACAGAAUUCAAGGACCUUUACACUGUGAUAGAAAACAAAGCACUGAAAAAGAAAUUUGCUGACUAUCAAACAAAUGGCGAGGUUAUCUGCAAAAAAUGUGGUCAAGCUUGGGGAACGAUGAUGGUACACAAAGGAUUAGAUUUACCUUGUCUCAAAGUAAAGAACUUUGUAGUGGUUUUCAAAAGCAAUUCACCAAAGAAACAAUAUAAAAAGUGGGUAGAUUUGCCUAUCACAUUUCCUGAUAUUGAUUAUUCAGAAUAUUGUUUAUAUGAUGAUGAAGAUUGGUAAUCGAUGUAAGGCUCCUUUGAAAUAUUAGCAAUUUGACAUUUUGUAUGAUUCUGGUUAAUGUUUAAUUAUGCCAUAGAAUUGAUGUGGAUGUGAGAAUUAAUAAAAUCAUUGCUUUACUCUUGAGUGGAGCUUUAGAGGACUACAAAGUAUUAUGUUUUCCAUUGUUUAUCUUGGUGGUGGGCAGGGGGAAAUCUACUAAUAAUAUUCGUUGUUAUGGAGAAUUAUAGUUUUGUGAUUAGAAUGCUAAAGUAUAAAUUGAGAUGCUAGGUCCUAAAGUGAGUUUCUUUCUGAAAGUCUCUUUACAGGCAAAAUAUUAUAUAUCUCUACUGUUUUUCUGGAUAACUAUUUACCACAAACUUAGUAGCUUAAAACAAUGUAUAGUUAUUAUUUUGCAUGUGUUGCAGUUUAAAGAUCUGGAAAGAAUCUUCUAUCCAAGAGUCUCAAAAGGUUGAAAUAAAGGUGUGAGCCAAAUGA